AUCUGAGACUGCUUCAUGCUUAGUUCUUUGAAAUUUAGUCAUAUGCUAAAAUUGGGGUUUUCUAUCUAUCAGAGCAAUGGCUAUACUGUACACUUAAAAUAUAUACACUGGCCCUAAGUCUAUGGGGAUAAACUCUAUUUAAAAAUGAGUUUCUUAAUAAAGCAUAUAGCACACUUCGUACAGUUCAGGUGCAGGAAAAAAGGUUACUGCCACUUGUGAAAUAAACAUGAAAGAUUCUGCAUGCCUGUGAAUCCCCCAAAUGGCCUUCCGAGUAUACACCUUAAGUAAAAAGUACAAAUGAUAUUUGGUAGCUCAUAAUAUAUCUCUACAGAUAUUGACAACAGUGGAUAUGUCAGUGACUAUGAACUACAAGACCUGUUUAAAGAAGCAAGCCUUCCUCUUCCUGGCUACAAGGUGCGCGAGAUUGUGGAGAAAAUCCUAGCAGUUGCCGACAACAAUAAAGAUGGAAAAAUCAGUUUUGAAGAGUUUGUGUCACUAAUGCAAGAGUUAAAAAGCAAAGAUAUCAGCAAAACAUUCCGAAAAAUAAUUAACAAGAGGGAAGGGAUUACUGCUAUUGGAGGAACUUCAUCUAUUUCCAGUGAGGGUACACAGCAUUCUUAUUCAGAGGAAGAAAAAGUAGCUUUUGUUAACUGGAUAAACAAAGCUCUGGAAAAUGACCCUGAUUGUAAGCAUCUUCUACCCAUGAAUCCCAGUGAUGGCAGCCUUUUCAAGUCACUUGCAGAUGGCAUCCUUCUUUGCAAAAUGAUUAAUUUAUCAGAGCCAGAUACAAUUGAUGAAAGAGCCAUUAAUAAGAAAAAGCUUACCCCUUUCACUAUUUCUGAAAAUUUAAACCUAGCCCUGAAUUCUGCCUCAGCAAUUGGUUGUACAGUGGUCAACAUUGGUGCACAGGAUCUAAAAGAAGGAAAGCCUCACUUGGUCUUGGGACUUCUGUGGCAGAUCAUCAAAGUUGGACUUUUUGCUGAUAUUGAGAUUUCCAGAAAUGAAGCUUUAAUCGCAUUGCUAAAUGAAGGUGAGGAACUAGAAGAGCUGAUGAAGCUUUCUCCUGAGGAGUUACUAUUGCGAUGGGUGAACUACCAUCUGACCAAUGCAGGAUGGCGUACCAUCAACAACUUCAGCCAAGACAUUAAGGAUUCGAGAGCCUAUUUUCAUCUGCUUAAUCAGAUUGCCCCUAAAGGGGACCGGGGAGAUGGACCUGCCAUUCCCAUUGACCUUUCAGGAUUUAAUGAGAAAAAUGACCUGAAGCGUGCUGGAUUCAUGCUUCAAGAAGCAGAUAAACUGGGCUGCAGACAGUUUGUUACUCCUGCAGAUGUGGUUUCAGGGAAUCCUAAACUUAAUUUAGCUUUUGUAGCUAAUCUGUUUAACACGUACCCAUGCCUACACAAGCCUGAUAAUAAUGACAUCGAUAUGAAUUUAUUGGAAGGAGAGAGUAAGGAAGAGAGGACAUUUCGGAACUGGAUGAAUUCCUUGGGGGUCAACCCAUAUAUUAAUCAUUUAUACAGUGACCUUGCAGAUGCUUUAGUGAUCUUUCAGCUCUAUGAAAUGAUCCGAGUCCCAGUCAACUGGAGCCAUGUCAACAAACCUCCUUAUCCCGCUCUUGGAGGGAACAUGAAGAAGAUUGAAAACUGUAACUAUGCAGUGGAACUUGGGAAGAAUAAGGCCAAAUUCUCCUUGGUUGGCAUUGCUGGGCAAGACCUAAAUGAAGGAAACGCAACACUUACUCUGGCAUUGGUAUGGCAGCUGAUGAGAAGGUACACAUUGAAUGUGUUAUCAGAUCUUGGAGAGGGUGAAAAAGUAAAUGAUGAGAUUAUUAUUAAAUGGGUCAAUCAGACUCUUAAAAGUGCAAACAAAAAUACUUCUAUUUCCAGCUUCAAGGAUAAAUCUAUUAGCACUAGUUUACCUGUCCUAGAUUUAAUAGAUGCCAUUGCACCAAAUGCAGUUCGUCAAGAAAUGAUCAAAAGAGAAGAUUUAUCUGACGAGGACAAGCUGAACAAUGCUAAAUAUGCCAUUUCAGUUGCUCGAAAGAUUGGUGCCCGGAUAUAUGCGUUACCUGAUGACCUCGUAGAAGUGAAACCAAAGAUGGUUAUGACCGUGUUUGCUUGCUUAAUGGGAAAAGGACUGAACCGAAUAAAAUAAUGACACAUUUAAUAUGAUUUUCUGCCACAUUAAACACAUUGAAUGCCUCACAGUUUACAGAAUUCUGAAAUGUAGUGGGUGUAAAACCAGAGAUUAUUUGUAUGUUAAAAAUAGUUAUAUAUUCAUUAAUGAAUUCAGUAUCUUGUUCAUACUAGUCAGAAUUUGUCAACUUUUUUGGGUAACAGUUAAUUUACCAAUCAAUACUGAUAAUCGAAUAUGUUUACUAUCAAACUAAUAUUUCAUGAUUAAAUUAUUUUUGUUUCCUGAAAGUCUUAUUUAAACAAGACUAAUUCAUUCUUUUCAUGGUUCAAAAAAGAUCAAUAUAAAGUUUUUUCAGGUUAUGCUGUGAAA